AUGAAGGCCGUGCGUGGUGAAUGCGCGUGGCGGUUCUGCAUCGUUUUGGUGUUUCUGUUGGUGCGGCAUUCCAUCGCAUUGAAUGUCAGCACCGUUGAAACUUAUACACCAGCCAAAAGUAGUGAUGAUAAAUAUGAUUUCGUUGAUGUGGCGCAACAGCAUGGUGAAGCCAGCGAAAGUGAAACGGGACAGACAUCACGAUUUUUCACUUCCGCUGACGUGGAUGAAGCGUUUUGGCUAGAACAUUUAGGUGAAGAUUUCAAGAAUGCCAUACACUUACAGGUGGGCGGUGAAGAACGUUGCAAUGGCGUCUUCAAUAUGAGCGAAAACGGUGCCGCUUACAAAGUUCAAGAUGAGUCCAUAAACAAACCAGUGUUACCAAAUGAGGUUAAGGCACCCACAACCGAUGAUAAGACAACCGAGGAAAAGAGUAAAAAGAAAGCAAAAGCUGAUGCCACCAAGAAAAUACGAAAAAUACGACGAAAACAGAAGUCCGAGCCGAAAACAGAAAACGUUGCAACAACUGUCGAACCAACAACAAAUGAUACAAAUACGAAAAAAGAACAAACCCAAUCGGAUAUUACAACGAAGCAACAAUAUGGUGGUACUGGUCAAUGCUACAAUGAUGUAGUGGACAAAAACGAUUACAAAGAAGAUUUGAAGAAAUAUAAAAAAUUCCAACACAUUAACAUAAAAUACGCACCAGAAUAUACUCAAACAGCGACCGAGAAGAAGACCCCAUAUCUAAAUGACACAUCAAUACUGGAUCAAACACUUGAAGAAAUGCCUGUUGUCGUUAAUUUGCCCGAGUCGAAUAAAAUGAUCGAAUUGGGAACGAAUGAUGCACCAGUGGUGGUCAAAAUGCCACCCGUGAUAUAUCAUCGUGAACCAAUAAAUGUCACAGAUGCAGAAAACUAUACAGACAACACACAAACACAGAACUCACAACCCCAGGAGGAGCAGACACUUGUGGGCGAGCAGACACAAAGUGUAAAUACACAAUACACACAACAUCCAUACUCUGCAAUGACAUAUGAACAACAACAACACUAUCAACAAUUCGAACAGUACUCUCCAAACACUAAUUACGCACAAACACAACAACACACACAAUAUCCAUUGCAAAUGCAAGGCUCACACUAUCCCACACAAUACCAACAGACAACACAAUAUGACCAACAACCACACCCACAACAACAAUACUCAUCACCAACAUCAUACCCAGCUCCGAAUUAUUUCAAUCAGGGUGUUUAUCCACCCGAUAUGGGAUCAAUGCCCAUGCAACAACCCAACGGGCCCUUUGCGGCCAACAACAUCAUGAAAUCUCGUUACAUAUAUAAUAAGCGCUCGAUUCCUUCUUAUGGUGAAUACAGUAUGCAACAGACACAAUCGGCAUCCACUCAUCAGGAGUAUAAGAGUAGCAGCGAUAGCCGUUCGAAUGGAGAGCUCUAUCAAGAGGGCUUGUAG